UCAUCGUUAAAGACGUCUUUAGCAAGAAAUGGCAGCGCGUAAAUUUUAUGAAAAUAUAUUAAUAAAUUUUCAUAAAAAUAAUAUAAAAUUAUUUGCUGUUUUUAUGAAAACAGCAAGUUUAAUGCAAAAUGCAAAUGUGCUUAAAAGAUCACUUUAAACAAAAUUCUUAUUAAAAUUAAAUUAAAUUAUAAAAAAUAUAUAUAAAUUAAUAAAAAAAUCCCUAUAAAAUAAAGC